UCUGCGGCGUUCAUCGUGUGGAGUGCGUUUGUGUGCAGACGAUCAGACACGGAAAAAGAACAAUACCGCCGUUUCAGAAGAAGCAUAAAUGCUAUGAUAAAUCACUGCGGGUGAACAGAGGCUGUUAUCGACGCGAAGAAACCGCCUUCGGGACCAAAGUGAGGCGCAAUGGCGGCUACCUUUCCCUACAGAGGGGUCCCCCCAGGGAUGCCAGUGCCGCCAGGUGUAUCUCCAGGUGUUCCCCCUGGUGUUGUCCCUCUCCCAGACUACAUGUCUGAAGAGAAGCUGCAAGAGAAAGCACGGAAAUGGCAGCAGUUACAGGCUAAACGAUACUCUGAAAAGAGGAAGUUUGGAUUUGUGGAUGCCCAGAAGGAAGAUAUGCCACCUGAGCAUGUUCGGAAAAUCAUAAGGGACCAUGGAGACAUGACCAAUAGAAAGUUUCGCCAUGACAAGAGGGUCUAUCUUGGUGCCCUCAAGUACAUGCCCCAUGCAGUGCUAAAGCUGCUGGAAAACAUGCCAAUGCCAUGGGAGCAGAUCCGAGAUGUCCCUGUGCUCUACCACAUCACAGGAGCAAUUUCUUUUGUGAAUGAAAUCCCUUGGGUCAUAGAGCCAGUCUACAUCGCACAGUGGGGUACCAUGUGGAUCAUGAUGCGUCGAGAGAAGCGAGAUCGGCGACACUUCAAAAGGAUGCGAUUUCCUCCAUUUGAUGAUGAGGAGCCGCCGCUGGACUAUGCUGACAACAUUCUUGAUGUGGAACCACUGGAAGCCAUCCAAAUGGAGCUUGAUAAUGAGGAGGAUGGUUCGGUUGUGGACUGGUUCUAUGAACACCAGCCCCUAAAAGACACCACCAAAUUUGUGAAUGGCACCACCUAUCGUCGCUGGCAGUUCACAUUGCCGAUGAUGUCAACACUCUACCGUCUGGCCAAUCAGCUUCUGACAGAUCUGGUGGAUUUCAACUACUUCUAUCUCUUUGAUCUCAAGGCCUUUUUUACAUCCAAGGCUUUAAACAUGGCAAUUCCAGGUGGACCGAAAUUCGAGCCACUCGUCAGAGACAUCAACCUCCAGGACGAAGACUGGAAUGAGUUCAAUGACAUCAACAAAAUCAUUAUCCGACAGCCCAUUAGGACGGAGUACAAAAUUGCCUUCCCCUACCUGUACAACAACCUGCCACACCACGUCCACCUCACAUGGUACCAUACUCCAAACGUGGUAUUCAUCAAAACAGAAGAUCCAGAUCUUCCAGCAUUCUACUUUGAUCCACUGAUCAACCCCAUUUCUCACAGACAUUCUGUCAAGAGUCAGGAGCCGCUCCCCGAUGACGACGAAGAGUUUGAGCUUCCUGAGUAUGUGGAGCCCUUCCUCAAAGAAACGCCACUGUACAGUGACAACACAGCCAAUGGCAUUGCUCUGCUUUGGGCUCCAAGACCCUUCAACCUCCGCUCUGGCCGCACAAGGCGUGCCAUUGAUAUCCCCUUGAUCAAGAACUGGUACAGAGAGCAUUGCCCAGCAGGACAGCCAGUGAAAGUGCGUGUGUCAUACCAGAAACUGCUGAAGUAUUAUGUACUCAAUGCGCUCAAGCACAGACCACCCAAGGCCCAGAAGAAGCGGUAUCUGUUCCGAUCGUUCAAAGCCACAAAGUUCUUCCAGUCCACCAAGCUGGACUGGGUGGAGGUGGGCCUUCAGGUGUGCAGGCAGGGUUACAACAUGCUCAAUUUGCUCAUCCACCGUAAGAACCUCAACUACUUGCAUCUGGAUUACAACUUCAACCUGAAGCCUGUCAAGACACUGACAACAAAGGAGAGAAAGAAGUCCAGAUUUGGAAAUGCCUUCCACUUGUGCAGAGAGGUGCUGCGUCUCAGCAAGCUGGUGGUGGACAGCCAUGUCCAGUACAGACUGGGAAAUGUUGACGCAUUCCAGUUGUCUGAUGGGCUGCAGUACAUCUUUGCUCAUGUGGGACAGCUGACAGGCAUGUACCGCUACAAGUACAAGCUUAUGAGACAAAUCCGCAUGUGCAAGGACCUGAAACAUCUCAUCUACUAUCGGUUCAACACCGGCCCUGUGGGUAAGGGUCCAGGUUGUGGAUUCUGGGCUCCUGGCUGGAGAGUGUGGCUGUUCUUUAUGAGAGGCAUUACGCCACUGUUGGAGAGGUGGCUGGGAAAUCUGUUGGCCAGACAGUUUGAAGGACGUCACUCCAAGGGCGUGGCCAAGACUGUGACGAAACAGCGCGUGGAGUCCCACUUUGAUCUGGAACUGCGUGCUGCAGUGAUGCAUGACAUCCUGGAUAUGAUGCCAGAGGGCAUCAAACAGAACAAAGCCAGAACCAUCCUGCAGCACCUCAGUGAGUCCUGGAGGUGCUGGAAAGCAAACAUCCCAUGGAAGGUGCCUGGCCUCCCCACUCCCAUUGAGAACAUGAUUCUGCGCUAUGUCAAGGCCAAAGCUGACUGGUGGACCAACACCGCUCAUUACAACCGUGAGCGAAUUCGUCGUGGAGCCACUGUGGACAAGACGGUGUGCAAGAAAAACUUGGGGAGACUGACCCGUCUGUACCUGAAAGCAGAGCAAGAAAGGCAGCACAACUACCUGAAGGAUGGUCCCUACAUCACAGCAGAAGAGGCUGUAGCCAUUUACACCACCACUGUGCACUGGUUGGAGAGCCGGCGGUUUUCGCCCAUCCCUUUCCCUCCACUGUCUUACAAACAUGACACCAAGCUGCUGAUCCUGGCCCUGGAAAGGCUCAAAGAGGCAUACAGUGUGAAGUCUCGUCUGAACCAGAGUCAAAGGGAGGAGCUGGGUCUGAUAGAGCAAGCUUACGACAACCCUCACGAGGCCCUAUCCAGGAUCAAACGUCACCUGCUCACUCAGAGAGCGUUCAAAGAGGUUGGUAUUGAGUUCAUGGACUUGUACAGCCAUCUGGUGCCAGUGUACGAUGUGGAACCCCUGGAGAAAAUCACUGAUGCUUACCUGGACCAGUAUCUGUGGUACGAGGCAGACAAGAGACGCUUGUUCCCGCCUUGGAUCAAACCUGCUGACACUGAACCUCCACCGCUUUUGGUUUACAAGUGGUGCCAAGGUAUCAACAACUUGCAGGAUGUUUGGGAAACUGCAGAGGGAGAGUGUAAUGUGAUGCUGGAGUCCCGCUAUGAAAAGAUGUACGAGAAGAUUGAUCUGACGUUGCUCAACAGGUUGCUGCGUCUUAUUGUUGACCACAACAUUGCUGAUUACAUGACAGCCAAGAACAAUGUGGUCAUAAAUUACAAGGACAUGAACCACACCAACUCUUACGGCAUAAUCAGAGGGCUUCAGUUUGCGUCGUUCAUUGUGCAGUACUACGGGCUGGUGAUGGACCUGCUGGUUCUGGGCUUGCACCGUGCCAGUGAGAUGGCCGGCCCACCUCAAAUGCCCAAUGACUUCCUCAGUUUCCAAGACACUGCCACAGAGAGUGCCCACCCGAUCAGACUGUACUGCCGUUACAUCGAUCGCAUACACAUCUUCUUCAGGUUCUCUGCUGAUGAAGCCAGGGACCUGAUUCAGCGGUAUCUGACGGAGCACCCUGACCCCAACAAUGAGAAUAUAGUUGGUUAUAACAACAAGAAGUGCUGGCCUCGUGAUGCCCGCAUGAGACUGAUGAAGCAUGAUGUCAACCUUGGACGUGCAGUGUUUUGGGACAUCAAGAAUCGCUUGCCCAGGUCUGUGACUACAGUCCAGUGGGAGAACAGCUUUGUUUCAGUCUACAGCAAAGACAACCCCAAUCUGCUCUUCAACAUGUGUGGCUUCGAGUGCCGUAUUCUCCCCAAGUGCCGCACCAGCUAUGAAGAGUUUACGCACAAGGACGGUGUCUGGAACCUGCAGAAUGAGGUAACGAAGGAGAGGACUGCACAGUGUUUCCUGCGUGUGGAUGAUGAAUCAAUGCAGCGCUUUCACAACAGAGUGCGUCAGAUCCUGAUGGCGUCUGGAUCCACCACUUUCACCAAGAUUGUGAACAAAUGGAACACAGCCCUCAUUGGUCUGAUGACCUACUUCCGUGAGGCUGUGGUCAACACACAGGAGCUCCUUGACCUGCUGGUGAAAUGUGAGAACAAGAUUCAGACACGUAUUAAGAUUGGCCUCAACUCCAAGAUGCCUAGCCGGUUCCCUCCGGUCGUCUUCUACACUCCCAAAGAGUUGGGCGGGCUUGGCAUGUUGUCCAUGGGCCAUGUGCUCAUUCCUCAGUCAGACUUGCGGUGGUCCAAGCAGACAGAUGUGGGCAUCACCCACUUCAGGUCUGGAAUGAGCCACGAAGAAGACCAGCUCAUUCCUAACUUGUAUCGUUACAUCCAGCCAUGGGAGAGUGAGUUCAUUGACUCUCAGAGAGUUUGGGCUGAGUACGCCCUCAAGAGACAGGAGGCCAUUGCCCAGAACAGGCGUUUGACUCUGGAGGAUUUGGAGGACUCCUGGGACCGAGGGAUCCCCCGGAUCAACACACUUUUCCAGAAGGACAGACACACACUGGCCUAUGACAAAGGCUGGAGAGUCAGGACAGAUUUCAAACAGUAUCAGGUGCUGAAGCAGAACCCCUUCUGGUGGACUCACCAGAGACACGAUGGUAAACUGUGGAACCUGAACAACUACCGCACAGACAUGAUCCAGGCCCUGGGCGGUGUGGAGGGCAUUCUGGAGCACACGCUCUUCAAGGGCACUUACUUCCCUACCUGGGAGGGUCUCUUUUGGGAAAAGGCCAGUGGCUUUGAGGAGUCCAUGAAAUGGAAGAAGCUGACCAAUGCCCAGAGAUCUGGUCUCAACCAAAUCCCCAACCGUCGUUUUACUCUGUGGUGGUCACCCACCAUCAACAGAGCCAAUGUCUACGUGGGUUUCCAAGUGCAGCUUGACUUGACGGGAAUCUUCAUGCAUGGCAAAAUCCCCACGCUGAAAAUCUCCCUCAUUCAGAUCUUCAGGGCUCACUUGUGGCAGAAGAUUCAUGAGAGCAUCGUCAUGGAUCUUUGCCAGGUCUUUGACCAAGAGCUGGAUGCUCUGGAAAUUGAGACUGUGCAGAAGGAGACCAUCCACCCCAGGAAGUCAUACAAGAUGAACUCAUCCUGUGCAGACAUCCUCCUCUUUGCAUCAUACAAGUGGAAUGUCUCCCGCCCAUCACUGCUCGCUGACUCAAAAGAUGUGAUGGACAGCACCACCACACAGAAAUACUGGAUUGACAUCCAGCUCCGUUGGGGUGACUAUGACUCUCACGAUAUUGAACGCUACGCCAGGGCAAAGUUCCUGGACUACACCACGGACAACAUGAGUAUCUAUCCUUCCCCCACUGGAGUGCUUAUUGCUAUUGACCUGGCUUACAACCUGCACAGCGCUUACGGCAACUGGUUCCCUGGAAGCAAGCCACUGAUCCAGCAGGCCAUGGCCAAGAUUAUGAAGGCCAACCCUGCUCUGUAUGUGCUCAGGGAGCGCAUCCGCAAAGGCUUGCAGCUGUAUUCCUCUGAGCCCACUGAGCCCUACCUGUCCUCACAGAACUAUGGUGAACUCUUCUCCAACCAGAUCAUCUGGUUUGUGGAUGACACAAACGUGUACAGAGUCACAAUCCACAAGACCUUUGAGGGUAACUUGACCACGAAGCCCAUCAAUGGAGCCAUUUUCAUCUUCAACCCCAGGACUGGUCAGCUCUUCCUCAAGAUCAUUCACACAUCUGUGUGGGCUGGACAGAAACGUCUGGGACAGCUGGCCAAAUGGAAGACUGCUGAAGAAGUUGCUGCCCUGAUUCGCUCUCUUCCUGUAGAAGAACAGCCAAAACAAAUCAUUGUAACCAGGAAAGGCAUGUUGGAUCCUCUGGAGGUCCACUUGCUCGACUUCCCUAACAUCGUGAUUAAGGGCUCUGAGUUGCAGCUGCCCUUCCAGGCCUGUCUGAAGGUGGAGAAGUUUGGAGACUUGAUCCUGAAGGCCACGGAGCCACAGAUGGUGCUGUUCAACCUUUAUGAUGAUUGGCUGAAGACCAUCUCAUCUUACACAGCGUUCUCCCGUCUGAUCCUGAUCCUCAGAGCACUCCAUGUCAAUAACGACCGCGCCAAAGUGAUUCUGAAACCCGAUAAAACAACAGUCACGGAGCCACAUCACAUUUGGCCUACACUCACUGAUGAGGAAUGGAUCAAGGUGGAAGUGCAGCUCAAGGAUCUCAUUCUGGCUGAUUAUGGCAAAAAGAACAAUGUGAAUGUGGCUUCACUGACCCAGUCUGAGAUCCGUGACAUCAUCCUGGGUAUGGAGAUCUCUGCUCCAUCACAGCAGCGUCAGCAAAUUGCUGAGAUCGAGAAGCAGACCAAAGAACAGUCGCAGCUCACCGCCACACAGACCCGCACAGUCAACAAGCACGGAGACGAGAUCAUCACCUCCACCACCUCCAACUACGAGACCCAGACGUUCUCGUCCAAGACUGAAUGGAGAGUGAGGGCCAUAUCUGCUGCCAACCUCCAUCUCCGAACCAACCACAUCUAUGUGUCCUCGGAUGACAUUAAAGAGACUGGUUACACCUACAUUCUGCCCAAAAAUGUUCUGAAGAAGUUCAUCUGCAUCUCAGAUCUGCGUGCACAGAUUGCAGGCUACCUGUAUGGCACCAGCCCACCAGACAACCCUCAGGUGAAAGAGAUUCGCUGUAUCGUCAUGGUGCCUCAGUGGGGAACACAUCAGACAGUCCACCUGCCCAACCAGCUGCCGGGUCACGAAUAUCUUAAAGAAAUGGAGCCCCUUGGCUGGAUCCACACACAGCCUAAUGAGUCACCACAGCUGUCCCCGCAAGACGUCACAACCCAUGCCAAGGUCAUGGCUGAUAAUCCAUCUUGGGAUGGAGAGAAGACCAUCAUCAUCACGUGCAGCUUCACACCAGGGUCAUGCACGCUCACAGCUUACAAGCUGACUCCCAGUGGGUACGAAUGGGGUCGCCAGAACACCGACAAGGGCAACAAUCCUAAAGGUUAUCUACCAUCCCACUAUGAAAGAGUGCAGAUGCUGCUCUCCGACAGAUUCCUGGGCUUCUUCAUGGUUCCUGGCCAAGUCUCCUGGAACUACAACUUCAUGGGUGUUCGACAUGACCCCAACAUGAAGUAUGACCUGCAACUGGCCAACCCCAAGGAGUUUUACCACGAAGUCCAUCGACCCUCGCACUUCCUAAAUUUUGCAUCGCUGCAGGAGGGAGAGAUCUACAACGCCGACCGUGAGGACAUGUUUGGCUGAGACUCUGCUUGUGGCGUGUUUUGUAGAUAGCUCUGCCAGUGUCAUGUGGAGGCAGUCCAGAAGAGCCCCUGUAAUAUUUCUAUUGAACACAUGUAUCUGAUAUUUGAAACCUUUUUUUUUUCUUUUUUUUUUGUAAAGGCUUUAGGUCAUUUUUAGAAAUCUGUUCUUCUUUUGGUUCCCACAAAUAUUGUUCCUUCCCCUUCUGUCCUUGAUUACAGUAAACGACUUUUGUAACUGUUAGGGGGUCUCGUGACUUUUCUGUGAAUUUCAACAUGUUUGCAUUUGUGUGUAGUUUUCUGUACACGAUGCUUUGGUGUAAUUUUAGAAAGCUGAAAACAAAAUAUUGGCUUCCUCUUUUCCAUUUUUAGAAAUGAAAUUGAAAGUUGCAUUUUCAUGUCAGUACUGCCCCAUUGCUCUGCUCUGUACAUCCUGAGAGAAUGUAGCCUGGGUUUAAAUAAAGAUCACAAUUUUUUUUAA